AUGAAAGACUUAGGUGAACUCAAGUUCUUUCUUGGAAGUGAGUUUGCUAGAUCAAAUAAAGGGACUGUGAUGAGCCAAAGGAAGUAUGCUUUGGAACUCAUUGCAGAGAUGAGGCUCAGGGGUGUAAAAUCAGCUGGUACACCUUUGGAAGCAAAUGUAAAACUCACAUCUGAAGAAUAUGACAGGUUUGUUCACUAUCAAUCCUCUUCUGAAACAGAAGAUAAGUUACUAGCUGAUGCUGGAAAAUACCAAAGGCUGAUAGGCAGGUUACUCUACCUUACAAUGACUAGAGUUGACAUUGCUUAUGUAGUACAAGUUCUGAGCCAAUACAUGCACGAACCAAAGCAGUCACGCAUGGAAGCUACAUUACGAGUGGUAAGGCUAUUCAAGGAGUUAGGUGUGGAUAUUGAGUUGCCUAUAACUCUUAAUUGUGACAAUAAAGAUGCUAUCCAAAUAACAGGCAAUCCUAUAUUUCAUGAAAAGACCAAACACAUCGAUAUUGAUUGCCAUUUUGUUCGCGAGAAGAUAGUACAAGGAUCGAUCAAAACACAUCAUGUGUCCACCAAAGAGCAGCAGGCUGAUCUCCUAACAAAGAGCCUUGGUCGAGUGCAACAUGACUACUUAAUGUCCAAGCUGAGACUGGAAGAUAUCUUUCAACCAUCAGCUUGA